AUGUGCAAAAAGCAUGAUGGAGCCUUCGAGUCGCCCUCCUCCAUAACCACCACAUACAAGGAUGUUCAAAAAUCGACACAUCCACAUACACACAUCGACAACAUUCAACACCAACAUGAGAAAUCAAUUUGCCUUGAGAUUGAUCUAAGUCAGCCUUGGCCAUGCUCCGGUUACGGUUAUUACUGGAUUACAAUAGGCCUUGACCAUCCACAACCACCCCUGUUACCCUCUCUACUCGAAAAAGCUUUGACAGGAAACUAUGACCCAAGUUUGCUAUACUCAUCUCUCGACCUGAAUCUUGAUCAGGAUAGGAAAAGAAAGAAAUGAUAAAAGGCUAUAUAUGAAGGGGGAAUGAGGAGUUAGGGCCAAUACAAGUGAGGGGAAUGAGGAGUUAGGGCCAAUACAAGUGAGGUGAAUGAGGAGGCUAUAAUUUCAUAUUUCUAGAUGUCUUCCAACACUGCUUCUGGCUCAAACCCUACAGGCUCCUUUUCCCUAAUGAACUUGUGUAGGAAAAUCAUUUUUGAUGGUUCAAAUUUCAAUGAAUGGAUUAGGAACAUCAGAAUGAUUACUCGCUAUGAGGGCAAAGAGUAUGUCCUCGAUAAGGAGCUAAAGCUUAUCGAUGAGUCAACUGCUACUCCUGAGGAGAUUGCUGAGUACACUACCCAUGAGAAAGAUGCCACUAAGGUGUCUUGCAUCAUGUUGGCCACAAUGACAGCAGAACUCCAGAAAUCCUAUGAAGAUUUCUACCCUUUUGAGAUGCACCAGGAUCUGAUGGAUAGGUACCAUCAGAGUGAUCGUCAGGAGAGGUAUGAAAUCAUUUCCUCCAUGAUAACAGCUAGGAUGAAAGAGGGAGAAUCCCUCACCGGUCACUUGCAGAAAAUGCAAAGGUUCGUGGACCGAUUAUUGAAGCUUAAUGUGGACUUCCCUGAGGACAUGGCGAUUGACAUCAUUCUCCAUUCCUUACCUCCAAGUUAUGAUCAGUUUCGUAUGACUUAUCAUAUGAACAAGGAGGAAGUCACACUAAGUAAAUUUCAAGGACUUUUAAGGACCGCUGAAAGUGGCCUUAAAUCAGCUGUUACUCCUACUCCUACUACCGCCCCUGUCUUGGCAAUUGGGCAGGGAAAGGGGAAGAAGAGAAAGACCCCUUCGAAGGGUACCAAGGGAAAGUCUCUUGAUGGCUCCUCUUCAAGUGGAACCAAGAAAGGUUCCAUUCCUCCUUCUUCAAACCCAAUGGAAGCACAAUGCUUCUACUGCCAGGAAAAGGGGCACUAGAAACGAAGCUGCCCCAAAUACUUGCAGGAUGUAAAGGAUGGGAAAGUUAAACCCACCCAUGCAGGUAUUUACACUAUAUUGUCUAAUAUAAAUCAUUGAAAACUAACUCUUGGGUGCUUGAUACAGGUUGUGGUAUUCACAUUUGUACUGAUUUGCAGGGCCUAAGAAGAAGUGAGAAAGUGGAGCACGGGAAGAUAAACUUAAUCAUGGGGAAUAGGAAAGCAUCACCUGUUACCAAGAUAUGAGUUUAUUUUUUAUUGCUUAAUAAUGGGUUAAUGUUAGAUUUGAAUAAAUGUUGUUACUCGUCUGAAAUGGCGAGAAAUAUUAUUUCCUUUCAUGGCUUGUACAAACAAGGGUUUUCCUUUUCAUUUGAUAAUGAUAAUGGUGCUAUUAAUGUUUAUU